GAUAUAGGACGGGGAAUGUAUUAGGGGCUCUUUCUGGAUGCAAGUCUCAAACUCAGAGUCAAUCUCGAUGUGUAGAAACGUGCCAAUGUUCUAACCGCCGGCGAGCUGCAUAUCACGUCUGGGCGUUCUUCAUCACGAUGCUCAACGGAAUCUGCAGCAUGGGCACGGCGGUAAGGCCAAAGGCACGAUUCCCGCGCUCUCUAGCUGUUGUAAUAUCAGCUCAGCCAGAAUGUCGGUGAGUAGCGCUCGAGGGUGGGCAAGUGCGAGCAGAGUACGUGUACAGAAGGAGGCCCCCCCGCGGGCUCAACAGAUGCACCGCACGACGUGUCACCACCAGGGCAGGGCCAGACCUGGCGCCGCGCGACACGACGGACGGUACCGAGCAGAGGCGACUUUUGACAGCGAAGGAGAGCGAACUCGGCUGCUGGUGGAUGACUCGGCCCCGGCUGGGCUUGGGUCACGGGCUGUCAGUCACGGCGGCGUCCAUUCACACGGCGGCAGGCCAGCCUCACAGGCACGGCGGACGGCUCGGCUGGGACUCGGGCAUGCUGCAGGCAUGGAAAGCCGUCGAAGGGCCAGAUGCACGAUCCCGACUCGUGCGCUGAGUUCGCAGCUGCUGGGGCUUGCCGCCGACGCCGCAUCGCCCGUCCAGAGUAAUAUGGCCCUCCGCCUUGUCCAAGCCCCGUCACCUGCUUAACAACACCCUUUCACACUGCUCUGCUGAUUCACUUCCCUCCACCGGCCUUUUAUCAACCUCCUCGCGCCACACUCUCCUUCGCUCUUACAAUCCCUCAUAGAACCAACCUCCCUGC